AUGGGAGACACCACUCUCUCCGCGAUAUCGUCCUCUCGCGUUAUUCUGAGAGACUCAACAAACUGGGAAGCCUGGCUGUCCACCAUCAGAGGGAUUGCCGACCAAUAUAACGUGUGGGAGCUGUGUGACCCGGACAAGAAAGAACAACCUGUUGUUCCAGAUGAACCAGAGCCUCCAUCAAUUGAGGCUGCUAAGAACGACGAUCCGGUCAACUGGUACAAGAUCGUCAAACUACAACAAGUGGAAUGGUCAACCCAAGUUAGCAAGCAUGGAAAAAGGAUCCUAGGCCUCAACUGUGUGGCAACGGUUAUUAAAAACAGCCUACACCCUAGUUAUCAGACCUUUAUCACCCAUGAUACCCCAUGGAAACUGCUUCGCAACCUGCGACAGAGAUUUGCACCUGAGUGCGAUCCUACCUAUGCAGCCAAACUGCGUCAGCAAUGGAGAAAUUUAGACCGAGGUCUAGACAGGAACACCGACAUUGAGAAAUGGUUAUUGAAUUGGGAAACGAUCCAGGUUCGGUGCGCGAGGGCUGGCAUGAGCGAAGCCAAUGACGCCACCGUGCAAUUCCUAGAUGCCAUCUCAACUAUGUCGCCUGGCUUUCAUGAAACCUGGACGCUCAGAUUGGAAGACAAGAAUGUUGUCUUCCCCGAGCUGCUCACUAGGUACAAAGCCCAUUGGGCAAUCAGCCACGGCAAAGCCAGUACCCAGAGAGGUAUCUCCAAAGCUGUAUUUUCGACCUGGCAAGGCCAUGAGGAAGCACAACCACCAAACAUCAAGAAAGGGGCGGCUAUACCAGCCACCGAAAAGCCAUUUUGGCAAAGGCCAUGCCCAUGCGGAUCGAAGGCCCGCCACCCUGCCUGGAAAUGCUGGGCUGCCUAUGAAUCAGGCAGACCCGAGGGUUACAAGAUCAUCCCAGACCAGAAACAGAAGUGGGAUAGAGCUAUGAAGGCUGAUCCUACAUGGAAAGACUUUAUUGAGAAGAAAAGGUCAGAAAUGGGCAUGACGCAGAAACAGGCGCACUCUACCAUAAUUGACGACCAAGCAUGUGGCUUCUUCUCAAAGGUACCUUCCCAAGAAGUCGCACAGAAAGCCGAGCAAGCCGCCAUGUCAACCCAAACCAAGCAAGCGACCAUACCUAUGGAGAAGCAAUGGGUUGUUGACACUGGGGCGGAUACACAUGUAUGCAACGAUCGGAGCAAAUUCGUUAGUUUCCGAGAAAGUCAUGGCAACAUCAAGGUCGGCGAUACACGCACAAGAAUCGAUGGUGUUGGCACCGUCGUUAUCUAUGGGAUCAAUCCAACUACUGGCCAACCAAAACGACUAGAGUUGGGGGCCUUUAUGUGCUUCCGAAACAACUGGAUUGAAACUGAUAAUGGCAAGCCGCUGCUAAAGAUAUACCAAGAACAGAAGCUUUCUUGGUUGACGCAGCCCGACGCCGCCACCAUGGCAUUGAUCGAGGCCCAAGCACCGCCCGGAGAAAUGGUUUUUACCACUAAACGAUCGGCGCAAGAACCUAAAUCAGCUGCAUCAAUGGAGACCUGGCACCGGCGCCUAGGUCACAUAGGACCAGACCGCAUUACCAAACUGUCGGAGAUGACCGAGGGAGUCACCAUUACUGAGAGCAACCCUGUCAAACAGGUAUGUGAAGCUUGUCAGUUAGCAGACGCAACGAAGCAGAUCUCUCGGCGGAAGAUCGGUCAGGCAUAUGGUGUAUUCGGCAGAGUGCACUUUGACCUUGUUCAAAAUCAGCCUGCGCACAAUGGUCAUAUCUGGUUAACCCACUUUUACCUGGAUGGAAUCAAAUGCCACUUCGUGUUCACCCAUACCAAGAAGAACGAAUGUCAGAUGGCUGUUAGGAAGUUUAUUGCCAUCGCAAAGAAUUGGUUAAACAUCAAUAUCAAGGUGUUUCACUAUGAUAAUGAGCGAAGUGCGGGAGAUGAGGUCGAGAUGAUGAUCGAAAAUGAAGGUUGUAUAAUUGAGCAUGCACCACCUGGCCUACCCGAGAUGAAUGGUCCCGCGGAGAGAUCUGGGGGGGUCAUAGUGAGAACCGCCAGAGCCUUGAUGAACGACACAGAUCUCCCCCGAACCCUAUGGCCAGAAGCGAUCUAUGCCGCAGCAUACAUGCUGAAUCGGGUGCCCACCAAGAUCGAAAAUCGGUGGAUUGUACCAUGGAAAGAACUCAUGAGGCAUACCGCACCCGACGGCGUGCGCGAUCAGAUCGUCAACCUGUCAAACCUGAGAUUGUAUGGCUGUUUAGCGUACUCUAGGAUCAUCAAAAGGGUUCAAUCUGACAAGAUGGCACCGAGAGCAGAGAUCGGAUUUCUUGUUGGAUAUGUUUCUAAGAACCUAUACAAGAUCUGGUUCCCGCACAAAGGCCGUGCUGGCAAAGGCCGGGUUGACAUAGUCAGAGAUGCUAUUUUUGAUGAGACCCGCCGAUACUCUCCGAGUACACCGGUACCUGAGCAUGAAGAAGCAGUCAGCACAUUGACAGAUGGCCUCGAUAACUGGCCUGAGGUGCUCACAUUGCAAGAAGCCGAAACAGAGAUCAGUAUAGAGCUAAGAAUGCCAAUGGUAUUAGCAAGGAACUCGGCGGGAGAAGAAGCAGAGCAUACCAAACAAGGAGAGGAAGCCGGAAAACCCACGUUACCACUAUCUCCCAAAACAGCCUCUAUUUUACCCGUGACGCCUGAAUCAAUCAGACCAAACCAGAUCUCAUGGUCGAAUACCAACAUACCAGGAAGCUUUCCCACCGAACCAAGGCCUCCGAGGAUCUCUUCAUCAACAAUGACCUCACUAUCGCAAGAUCCAUUAAUCCAGAGAUCAACACCAUCGAGAUCUCGACUCCCGAAUACCCUGUCAUCGUCACCAGAUCCGAUCUCGGUCAUACCAUCGAUCGAAACUGAAGGGGAGGAGACAGUAUCAGAAAGCGAGAUGCAACUUCAGCAAGAAUUAGCACAGUCACCGCAACCUACGCAUCCAACUGCCAUACAAACUGCGCCUAGACCAGGAUAUGAGAUAGCACCCGCCCGUGCACCUAGAGACAUCUCAAGAAACAUUGAUCAAUCCAACAUCAUUACCAGCGGCAGCAGAUCUCGCAGGCCAAGAACCAACCGAGAUUUCUCAGCAUACCUAUCUCUUCACGAUGAAGAUCCUGCCGACAACCCGCCUGAAUUGCUUCAUGCUUUCACCAUCAGUAUGCAUGAACAAGCAUCCCAUACCAAGAAACACCAUCGAAAUCAGAUGCCAAUAGAGCCCCAGAACUGGGCUGAGAUGAAGAACCAUAAAUUUGCCAAAGAAUUCACCGAGGCCGCAGCCUUUGAGAUCGAGACUCUACGAAACAAAGGCACAUUCCGCGAGGUGUCGCACCCGAACACCAAAGGGACACAGGUCCUUCCACUCAAGUGGGUGUUCACAUAUAAAUAUGAUGCCGACGGAGUCCUGGAGAAGUUCAAAGCGAGGAUCUGUGUGCGUGGAGAUCUACAGUGGAUCACUACUGAAGAAAAGAGAGCCGCAACUCUCGCAGUGAAAACAGCCCGCGCUGUAUUUGCACUGGUCGCAGCAUUUGACCUCGACAUGAUACAACGAGAUGUAGUGACAGCGUUCCUCAACUCAGCCAUUCAAGGUGAGGUAUACACCAAGUGCCCGCCUGGUUUCGAACGCUCAGGCCACUGCUGGCUGUUACUCCGAGCGCUUUAUGGCUUACGUAUGUCACCGCGUUUGUGGCAGCAGGAAGCAACCAGAGUGCUGGUCAAAUUGGGACUGACCCCCGUGCCUGAGGAUCCAUGCAUUUUCACCACCCAAGGAAUAAUCGUUUUCUUCUAUGUUGACGACAUUAUCAUGGUCAAUCAUCCUUCCUAUUCUAAGCAAGCAGCUACCCUGGACCAAGAAAUGAAGAAGCAAUGGGAAUUGCGAGAACUUGAUGCCAGUUGGUUCCUAAACAUCCGCAUAUUGAGAGACAGAUCUCAGAAGAAGCUAUGGCUAUGCCAAGAUAGCUAUAUUGAGAGCAUGACAAGUCGGUAUAACCUCAAAACCAACCGUAGGGUCGAAACCCCUAUGAGCACUGAGCCUUUGCUCCCAUAUGAUGGAGUAGCAACACCGAGUCAGAUCCAUGGGUACCAAGCCAAAGUUGGAUCUGCUCAGUAUGCUACAACCGUCUCACGCCCAGACGCCGCCAAAGCCACCGCCAAAGCCGCUGAAUUUCUUAUGAAUCCAGGUCCUAAGCACAUCGACGCUAUUGAUCGGAUCAUCCAAUACCUAUACAAAACCAGGUUUUGGGCCAUUGAAUAUGGAGUGAGAGGCCUCGAACCAGGUAUCGAAUUAGCAGCAAAAUCGGUUGAAUUUGCCAGCGAUGCUUCUUUCGGCGAUAACCCCGACCGGCGCAGCUCCGAAGGAUAUGUCUGCAAGUUAUAUGGUGGGCCCAUAGAUUGGAAGGCAUCGAAACAGAAGACCGUUACAACAUCGACAACCGAAGCAGAGCUACUCGCACUUGCUGAGGCCGGAAAAACAGUCCAAUGGUGGCGUCGAGUCCUCCGCGCAUUAGGAUUUGAACCGUCCCAUCCUCUCACUAUCUUGUGCGACAACCAACAAACUGUUGACCUAUUGACGAAGGAAGGUGCCGCAAUGCAUACGAAGCUUCGUCAUGUUGAUAUCAAUCGGUGCUGGAUGAAGCAAGAGGUCAGUGAAGGCCGAGUUCUUGUCGCAUGGAUUCCAACCGCCGAGAUGCCAGCCGAUGGCCUCACCAAGGCCUUACCCAAACAGAAGCAGCAGAUCUUUCGAGAUCUGAUCGGAAUGAGAGACGUGAAUCACCUGAUUCACCCUUCAAAACAGAUUCUGGUUUGA